CUCCAAAGCGGAAGUGGCCUCCUCUUCUGCGGGGUAACUUGACGCGGAGCCUCGGCGGUGUUUUUCUGGGAGGAGCGGGGCAGCAGGCGAAGAGCUGAGUGGGCAAAGAAAACAGCAAUAAGCAACAACUAAUGGUCCAAAGCGGGCAUUGUGAGACCUGGACGUUACCACAUCGAUGAAGUUAAGCGGGACUAUCACGUCCUGCACCGUGUUUCAGAGGACCCGUCGGGUCCAGACUUUCAGAGACCGAGCAGGCGGACCGGACUCGUGAAGAAAGGGGGAGCAGGCGGCGGACACGGCGACAUCAAAGGACUCCCAGCUCAAGACGAGAGGGGGAAGCUGCUCUGCUCUCAGACCUUAGACUUGCUGUAUGCUUUCAUUCUGGGAAACUUUUCAACCUCUCACUAAGUUGGACAAAGAGCCCCGUCUGUAGUUCCCCCCCCCCCCCUCCUCUGGAUCAUUGGGAGUAUACAUGGAGAACCAGGCCCGCAUGAUGCUGGGUCAUAUCGGACUAAGUGGACUGUCUGAGGAGGAUGUGGGGGAUCCUGACAACAUCAGGAAACAUCACAGCCUAGGUCAGCCACAGCAGGACAUCGGUGACAUCCUCCAGCAGAUCAUGACCAUCACAGACGAGAGUCUGGACGAGGCCCAGGCCAGGAAACACGCUUUAAACUGCCACAGAAUGAAGCCGGCCCUCUUCAGCGUCCUGUGUGAGAUGAAGGAGAAGAUGGCUCUGGGUAUCCGAGGGAUCCAGGAGGAGGACGGUCCUGACCCUCAGAUAUUGAGGCUCGACAACAUGCUGUUAGCCGAGGGUGUCGCUGGCUUGGAGAAGGGUGGGGCGUCUGCAGCGGCGGCAGCGGUUGCUGUUGCAGCCGGAGCGUCGCCCAGCGAUGGGAGCUUACAGCACAGCGAGUACAGAGAGAAGCUGGCUCAGAUACGACAGAUGUAUCAUGCCGAGCUGGAGAAAUACGAACAGGCGUGCAAUGAAUUCACAGACCACGUGAUGAACCUGCUGAGGGAGCAGUCCCGUACGCGGCCGGUCUCUCCCAAAGAGAUCGAGCGGAUGGUGGGAAUCAUCCACCGCAAGUUCAACACCAUCCAGAUGCAGCUGAAACAGAGCACGUGUGAGGCCGUCAUGAUCCUGCGCUCACGCUUCCUGGAUGCCAGGCGGAAACGGAGAAACUUCAGCAAGCAGGCGGCAGAGAUCCUCAAUGAAUACUUUUACUCCCAUCUGGCGAACCCGUAUCCGAGUGAGGAGGCCAAGGAGGAGCUCGCCAAGAAGUGUUCCAUCACCGUGUCUCAGGUUGCCAACUGGUUUGGAAAUAAGCGGAUUCGCUAUAAGAAGAACGUUUCAAAGCUCCAGGAGGAAGCUAACAUGUACGCCAUGAAGACGGCGGCAAGCGCGUCCUCACAGGCCAGCCAAGGCAACUCUCCAGCCACGCCAAACUCAGGAGGAUACCCGGCUCCAUGUUUCUCUCCUGAAGGGAGGUUGUGAGGAUUAACCUGCAGGACGUCUCCUCAGAGUCACAUGACCCUGAGGGACGGAGGGACAACAGCACCCCCCCCCCCCCUCCCCCCCAACACCGGCCAGCGAGCACUACUUCACCUCCAGCCGCCGCCACCGCCCCCCUGCAGGAUGACCUCCAGUCAAACCCCCCCCCCGCAGGCUGACCUCCACAGACUCUUCAGAACUCUCUCUUCCAUAUUUUUACUCUCCCUGCAGGCUGACCCCACCCCCCCAGCAAACCCCGCCCCCCUGCAGGCUGACCCCCCCCCCCCCCCCCUGUUAGGUAUCUUUAGAUUUGUACUCUCUUUUUAUUUCUUAGAGUUAAAAUAAUAAAACACAAAAAGAAAGCAUGUGAUAGUGAUUUUAAAAAGUGUUUAUAUCGUUUCUUUGCCUUUGUUUGACUCUGAGGUUGUGACGGGUACGUUCAGACGUCUCGCCGACAGGUGUGACCAUAAGUCCAGCUGGUGGUCGCUGGUCAGCGUGUGUAUCCUGUGGUGUUGCUUCUCUUAAAGUUGUAAAUAUAUUUUUACUCUCACAGCUUUUUGUGUUUCUUUAAAGCUUUGUAAGCAACCGAACCAAAGAAGCUUUAACCAGGACGUCCGAGUUCAAAGUUCAGCUGCAGGCCGUGUUUCACCCCCGUGCCCCCUAGUGCUGAGCCAGGGUUCUGCAUCUGACUGGCCUCUGGAUUGUUUUUGUUGUCUCUUUUUUUUAGGGUUAAAUGUUCGUACGAACGUCAGCUGAUCAAAGUCAUACUUUAAUAGUUUCUGAUAUUUGAGAGAAUCACACGAUGUCUGUUAGUUUGAACUUUAUAAACCAUCUCUGCAGAUAUUAUGAAACCAUGAGAAGAGCUGAUGUAUGCAAAGAAUCAGGAUUGAAAUAAUGCUACUAUGAUUGAAGAGCAGCGGCAUCCUGACAUCAUCACGUCUUCAUGUUUCUAUGACGUCUUUUUGUUACUCUGCAAACAUUAAAGUAAAUUACUACACAUCCUC